AUGAACCUGACAGAGUUUAAUGAGUCUGAUCGCUGUGAGCAUUUCUCCUGUCCAGAGAGAUCUGUAUCUCCUGCAGUUUAUAUCUUACUGUAUGUGUGUUCAGCUGCUGUGGUUCUGAUAACAGUGUGUGGAAAUCUGCUUGUCAUCAUCUCUGUUUUACACUUCAAGCAGCUUCACACACCGACUAACAUGCUUGUGCUCUCUCUGGCUGUGUCGGAUUUUCUCAUUGGUGCUUUAGUGUUGCUACCAUUGUUUAUCUGGACAAUCGAAUCAUGCUGGAUUUUUAAAACAGGGAGCUGCAUGUCUGUGAUGAUCGUUUCUUUUUUUUUAGUAAUCCAGUCUGUCUAUAAUAUUGCUUUGAUCGCCGCAGAUCGAUAUUUGGCUCUCUCAAACCCGUUUGUCUACACAAACACAAUCACUAUAAAAAUAAUGUGCAUCAUGAUUUUCAUCAACUGGUGUGUGUGUCUUGUAUACAGCAUACUAUUUUGCAAUUUCAGUGGCAGCUUUACAACUUCUGUAAUGUGUCCUGGAGAGUGUUACUCAGUUCCGAAUGAGGUUUGGACUGUAGUUGAUCUUAUAUUUUCAUUUAUAUUUCCACUUUCUGUUAUAAUCAUAUUGUAUACUCGUGUAUUUGUGAUUGCUAAGAAACAUGCCACUGCUAUCAGAGAGCUUAAUAAUCACACACAGCCUAAACCACAGAAAAUCACCUCUCACUUGAUGAAAUCUGAGAGAAAAGCAGCUAAAGUCCUCGGCAUUUUAGUGUCUGUGUUUCUGGUGUGUUUACUUCCAUAUUUUAUUUACAGUCUAUUAGGUGAUGUUAUUAAACUACAGGCAGAAAUUUCUCAUAAAGUCCUUGUUAUUAUGUUUCUUAAUUCCACAAUUAAUCCAUUCAUUUAUGCUCUGUUUUACCCAUGGUUUAGGAGGUGCGUUAAAAUAACUAUUACUCUUCAAAUAUUCCAAACAGACUCUGCAUUAGUCAAUGUCCUUUCAUAA